CACACUCUCUCUCUCUCUCUCUCUCUCUCUCUCUCUCUCUCUCUCUCUCUCUCUCUCUCACACACACACACACACACACACACACACACACACACACCAACCCUGGUUGUUCACUACUCCCGUCCACCUCCACCUGCUGGUUGUCAUCCUCUGGCUGUCUCCUGCUUCAAUGGUUCCAAGGAACCAUUGAAGCAGGAGACAGGAAGAACUCGAAAGAUAUUUUUUCUUACAGAGUUAUUUAACAAGUUUGUAAAAGCUGAGACCCCACUAUGCAGCCUUAUGGAGGAUGUGAAGAGAUUUUUCUUACUGAAGUAUUUUAACAAGUUUGUAAGAUCUGAGGCCUCACUAUGCAGCCUUAGACUAAGGCUUUACUGUAUUAGGUGAUGGAUGCUGUGACGCUCUCUGGAUCACCGGAGGUUCCCCCAGUUGAUCCGACGAAAUGCAUCGUUUGUCAGACAACUUCAGGCGAGAAGGUGUUGAACAACUCCAACGGCCGCAAGCGGAUACGAGAAGCAAGUGAAGUUAGGAAUGAUGAUGUUUCAAAGAGACUUAAGCAAAUCGCGGACGAUAGUUUUGUGUACCAUAUGAAUAAUGAUUGUUAUAAAUCAUAUACUAUGGCCUCCACACUGAAGUCAAUUUUAAAGAGAAAGAGUUUGACAAAUACCCAGGGACCCUCCACGUUAAAUGACAAUGGUGUAUCAGUUGAAAAGCUUCCUCGUUACCAGGCGGCCCGCAAUCCUCCAAAGACGGCAACCACUCUUCGAGAUGUCAACUGCAUAAUAUGUGACAAAAAAUCGUAUAAGAAGAAUUACAGCAAGUAUCGAAUUUGUGAAUCAAACCGUGCUUCAUCAUUCCUAUCCGCGACAGCCUUCUUCCAAGAUGAUGUCUUUGUUAGGACCUGUGACCUGCAAGAUCCCUCUGCUGUGUUUGGGGCCAAUCUUUAUUAUCACAAGGACUGCAUGACGACAUACUUGUACAAAUACGACACACGUGACAGAGCCCCAAAACCAGAAGUGUCUCGGAAACGGCUUGCAUGGAAUGAGAUUGCUGAUGAAUUAGAGCAAGGUAUAAAAGACGGUAAAGGGUACGAACUGAGUGUUAUCAGAGACAAACUGAACAAAAUUGAUGAAAAAUGUAACUUCCGCAAUAGGGAUGUGAAAGUUUUCUUGAUGGACCAGUUUGGUAAUGCAAUAGAUUUCACAUACCCAAGUGCCAGAAACAAAUCCAUAAUGGUGUUCAGUGUUCCCAACAGUGUAUAG